GUUGUAAUUUGCCCCUGAGAAAUAAGAAAAUGAUGAGUGAUGCAAGUGACAUGUUGGCUGCGGCGUUGGAGCAGAUGGAUGGUAUCAUAGCAGGUUCUAAGGCCCUGGAAUAUUCCAAUGGGAUUUUUGAUUGCCAAUCUCCCACCUCUCCAUUCAUGGGAAGUUUGCGAGCUCUGCACCUUGUGGAAGACCUGCGUGGAUUGUUAGAGAUGAUGGAAACAGACGAGAAAGAAGGCUUGAGAUGCCAGAUCCCAGAUUCAACAGCAGAAACGCUUAUCGAAUGGCUUCAGAGUCAAAUGACAAAUGGACACCUACCUGGGAACGGAGAUGUGUAUCAAGAAAGGCUGGCACGUUUAGAAAAUGAUAAAGAAUCCCUCGUUCUUCAGGUAAGUGUGUUAACAGACCAGGUGGAGGCUCAGGGGGAGAAGAUUCGAGAUUUGGAGGUUUGUCUUGAAGAGCACAGAGAGAAGUUGAAUGCCACAGAAGAGAUGCUGCAGCAGGAGCUUCUGAGUAGGACAUCCUUAGAAACUCAGAAGUUGGAUCUGAUGGCUGAAAUAUCUAACUUGAAGUUGAAACUGACGGCUGUAGAGAAGGACAGAUUGGAUUAUGAAGAUAAGUUCAGAGACACAGAGGGGCUGAUUCAGGAGAUCAAUGAUUUGAGGUUGAAAGUUAAUGAAAUGGGCAGUGAAAGACUUCAGUAUGAAAAAAAGCUUGAAUCAACCAAAGAUGAACUGGCAUCUUUAAAAGAACAACUAGAAGAAAAGGAAUCUGAAGUAAAAAGACUGCAAGAAAAAUUGGUUUGCAAGAUGAAAGGAGAAGGGAUUGAAAUUGUUGAUAGAGAUGAAAAUUUUAAAAAGAAGCUCAAAGAAAAAAACGUCGAAGUACAAAAAAUGAAAAAAGCUGUGGAGUCUUUGAUGGCAGCAAAUGAAGAAAAGGAUCGGAAAAUAGAAGAUCUUCGACAGUGCCUGAGCAGGUACAAGAAAAUGCAAGAUACUGUGGUACUGGCCCAAGGUAAAAAAGGCAAAGAUGGGGAAUAUGAAGAUCUGCUCAAUUCCAGUUCCAUCUCAACUUUGCUGGAUGCACAGGGUUUCAGUGAUCUGGAGAAAAGUCCAUCACCCACUCCAGUAACGGGAUCUCCUAGUCGUGACCCAUUUAACACAAGUGUUCCCGAAGAGUUCCAUAGCACCAUCUUGCAAGUUUCCAUCCCUUCAUUAUUGCCAGCAACUAUAAGCAUGGAAACUUCUGGAAAAUCAAAGUUGACUCCUAAGCCAGAGACUUCAUUUGAAGAAAAUGAUGGGAAGAUGAUCCUUGGUGCUACUGCUGAUACCCAACUGUGUGGUAGUCUUUUAACUUCAAGUCUGCAAAAGUCCAGCAGCCUGGGCAAUCUGAAGAAAGAGACAUCUGAUGGGGAAAAGGAAUCUAUUCAGAAGACUUCAGAGGACAGAGCUCCGGCAGAAAGCAGGCCAUCUGGGACCCUGCCUCCCAGACCCCCAGGGCAGGUCACCUCUGUGGACGACAACCCCUUCGGCACUCGAAAAGUCAGAUCUUCCUUUGGCCGGGGCUUUUUUAAAAUCAAAAGUAACAAGAGAACAGCAAGUGCACCAAACUUGGAUCGUAAACGAAGUGCCAGUGCACCCACCUUAGCUGAGACAGAAAAAGAGACAGCAGAGCACCUAGACCUGGCUGGUGCUUCUUCUCGGCCAAAAGAUUCACAGGGGAACAGUCCCUUCCAGAUACCACCGCCAUCUCCAGAUUCCAAAAAGAAAUCCAGAGGUAUCAUGAAACUCUUUGGAAAACUUAGGAGAAGUCAAUCAACUACAUUCAACCCAGAUGACAUAUCUGAGUCUGAAUUCAAAAGAGGAGGGACAAGGGCAACUGCAGGGCCCCGACUGGGCUGGUCUCGAGACUUGGGACAGUCUAACAGUGACUUGGAUAUGCCAUUUGCCAAGUGGACCAAGGAGCAGGUUUGCAAUUGGCUCAUGGAACAGGGCUUGGGCUCCUACCUGAAUUCUGGCAAGCAGUGGAUUGCAUCUGGCCAGACGCUUUUGCAGGCUUCUCAACAAGAUCUAGAGAAGGAACUUGGAAUAAAGCAUUCACUUCAUCGAAAGAAGCUCCAGCUGGCACUACAAGCCCUGGGAUCUGAAGAAGAAACCAAUCAUGGGAAGCUGGAUUUCAACUGGGUCACUAGAUGGUUGGAUGAUAUUGGCCUUCCUCAGUAUAAGACCCAGUUUGAUGAAGGACGGGUCGAUGGUCGAAUGCUACACUACAUGACUGUUGAUGACUUACUGUCUUUGAAGGUUGUGAGUGUGCUACACCAUCUCAGUAUCAAAAGGGCCAUCCAGGUCCUGAGGAUCAAUAACUUUGAACCAAACUGUCUACGGAGGCGGCCGUCUGAUGAGAAUAGCAUUACCCCAUCAGAAGUUCAGAAGUGGACGAACCACCGAGUGAUGGAGUGGCUGCGCUCCGUGGACUUGGCAGAAUAUGCCCCCAACCUCAGAGGCAGUGGCGUCCAUGGCGGGCUCAUGGUUCUAGAACCUCGUUUUAAUGUGGAAACAAUGGCUCAGUUAUUGAACAUCCCACCAAAUAAGACUUUGCUGCGAAGACAUUUGGCCACUCAUUUCAACCUUCUGAUCGGGGCUGAGGCCCAGCACCAGAAGCGAGAUGCCAUGGAGCUGCCAGAUUAUGUCCUUCUAACAGCUACUGCCAAAGUGAAGCCAAAGAAACUUGCCUUUAGCAAUUUUGGGAAUUUGAGAAAGAAGAAACAGGAAGAUGGUGAAGAAUAUGUUUGUCCAAUGGAAUUGGGACAGGCAUCAGGAAGUGCAUCUAAGAAAGGAUUUAAAGCUGGUUUGGAUAUGCGCUUGUAUGACGAAGAUGAUUUGGACCGGUUAGAGCAGAUGGAAGAUUCAGAAGGGACAGUAAGACAGAUAGGUGCAUUCUCUGAAGGCAUCAACAAUCUGACGCACAUGUUAAAAGAAGAUGACAUGUUUAAAGAUUUUGCUGCCCGUUCCCCCAGUGCCAGCAUUACAGAUGAAGACUCAAACGUUUGACCAUAGCACCUGGAUGAACAUGAGGAGUGCUUACUCUCUUUUCUACUUUCUUUUCCAAAUACUCACAGUAUAUACAACAGGCAACAGAUGGUCUAUUGUUUGUUGUUCCAACUUCUGCUCCUUGAGUUUACACAGAAAGCAGGAGUAGUGUGCCGAUUCUGAAGUUGCCACAAAAAAAUAAGACACUGGUGAAUGAGAGUAUAAUUGUUUUUCUUCUAUUUAAUGUAAAAAUCUGUGAUAUAUUAUAUUUAAAGUGUUGCAUUUAAGAUGA